AUCCGUUGAGUGUGGAACGUUGCGCACGACUCCAUUAGCCGGUAAAGUCAACUGUGUCCCCAAGUUACAGCACGGAUGGUAUUACGCCUGUAACUCUAUCCUGUCAUUACGCUGUUUAAUGUUACGGUUGACAGCUCUCACAAGCCGUUAUUAGAUUUUAACAGUUUCAGUAAGCAUACACGGUCGCAUGUUGUAUAUUGUAUACUGAGUACCACAGUUAAAACACUUUUUUUUUAAGUGCUAGUACAUUUAACCAGUUGCUGGCAACGCUCGUUCGGUAAUUACGUCGUUCCAAAAAUGGUUUAAAUGGCGGCUCAUUUUGUGUGCAAAGUUUACAGAAAAGUGGGGCAGGGACCUCAAACUACUACCCCUCCCCCGUAAGUUUAGGGUGGAGCCACAGCGAGGGCUUCCUGGCUGCACAACACGACCCGGCUUCUCAACACACUACUGAACAGUAAUAGCACUUGUUAGUGGACAUGUGAUAUAUUUUCCUGCGGUGCAGUGCGCUUUUUGUUUGCAUUGUAUUUUUAACUUGCACUGCAUGUAUCUAUUUGCAUUGCACCCGAGUGUUCCGUGGCCCAUGCGUGUUCCUAUUUGCAGGAGUGGCAUGGGGGACCAAAAAGACACUGGUUCCACUGGGAUCCUGAAGAGGGCCAGUCCUACUCACUGCCCAGGCAUAAACGGGCAGUUGCCAGGCGGCUUCAUACACUUGGACAUCAGGAACCCAGGGAAACAGGCAGAGAUGGCCAACAACUUCAGGGCAGCACAAGGGCGAAAUGUACCGCAGACAGACAGACAACCCCUCCCUUCCUCCCACAUCCCUGUCCCCAGAAACAGGAAGCCCUCAGGUCAUGCUGAUAAGGAGGUGAUGGCUGCCACCGUCCUGACUUCACUGUCCACAUCCCCUUUGGUGCUCAACCCUUCCUCUGCAACCACAGCCCCAGAGCCAGCCAGCAGGGUUUUGAAAGAGGUGCUGUCAGCCAGCUAUAGCAGUUCAACCAGUGGCAACUGGAGCUGGGAUGCCAGCGACCAGUCAGUGCCCUCCACACCGUCCCCACCUCUUUCCAACGAUACCAAUAAGAACUUCCUGCUCUCGUCCCAGGGCGAUGAUGUCAGUGAGGAUGUUACAGAGAGCACGCACUUCAUGUUUGAGGACCCCAUACCUCGGAAGCGAAAGAACUCCAUGAAGGUGAUGUUCAAAUGCUUGUGGAAGAACUGUGAAAAGGUCCUCAGCACCUCCUCAGGGAUCCAGCGGCACAUCCGCACCGUCCACCUGGGCCGAAACAGCGACUCGGACUACAGUGAUGGAGAGGAAGACUUUUACUACUCAGAGAUAGAGGUCAACAUGGACAGCUUAACAGAGGGCUUGUCCAGCCUCACGCCCACCUCCCCCACCACGGUUGGUCCACCGCCUGUCUUCCCUCUGCCGCUCACUGAGGUGCCUCACUCUGAACACAUCAGUAUGAAUGGUUCGCAGAGCCACGCCCCAACACUGCUCAGUCAGUCGGCUCCCUCCACGCUCUGCCACAUCCGCACUGACCACGCGUACCAGGCCACUGCUCCAGUGAGUAUCCCAGUGGGUCCUGAGCUGGCUGGGUUAGGCAGUGGUAAUGGAACCGGGCCUGGAAUUGGGACUGAGAAUGGCAUCAGUGUGUCGUGGCAGUCCCCUCCUGUCAUUUUCAAAGGCGUUCCGGGGCCGGUGACUCAUGUCAGGACUGUUACCAUCGGUGAAAAGCGGCAACCGGCCGCCAGCACACACACAGCUGUUAACAAGAACCAUGCUUUAAUCACACCAGCACCUAAAUCAACGCCAGGAACCAGGAAACCCCGUGGGGAGGCAAAGAAGUGCCGAAAGGUGUACGGCAUGGAGAAGAGAGACAUGUGGUGCACAGCCUGUCGCUGGAAAAAAGCCUGUCAGAGAUUCACCGACUAAUCUGGUCCCCUUCCCGCAUCCAUGAGAUGAGCUCUUCCUCACCUCAGAGCAACAGCCAGGUGGACUCUUCCACUGAGGAGACAGAGGGGGUAGAGAUUUCUUCAUGACGGAGCUCUCCGUGCUGCUUCCUCCAGUCCGCCUUCUCUCUAUUUUCCAUUUCUAAAUACAAAGAGAAAAUAAAACUGGUGGGUAAAAACAAAAAAAAACAUCAAGAAAAAAAAAAGAAUUUAAUGCAGGUUUGGAGACUUUUUCUAAGACUGAAACUUUUUCACUCUGAUCAAUGAGGAAAACAAAACAUUUAAAUUGAUUCUGAACCUUCUCAUUUGAUCUUUUGUUUUUCUUUUUCCAUUUUUCACAGCUCGACUCAAGGCAAUGUUUAAAGACUACAGAUAAGCUUUUUUGGUAUGCUCUGUUGUUCAUUAUAGGAAUAUCAUGUAAUCUACUGUUUAAUGGGGUGGAUCAUGACUCUUUGGAAGUUCAAGGGUUAGCACCAGAUUUGCUCAGUAAGACCUCUGUAGCAUAUCCGUUUUUCAUUGUCACUGGUUAAGGGACUUCAGUUCAGAUCUACCAAAGGCGAAAAAGCCUGUUCACUUAAUCCUGAAUCUCGCAUCACUGUCUUCUGCAGCCUUACUGAAUAUCAACUGUAUGUUAAAGUACAUAUUGUUCAGUAUCUAUUACCUGCGCAUUAAGCAAAUUCAGUUCAUUAAGCAAAUUCAGCCAGCUAUACUUCUUGUAAUUUUGCAAAGAUGCACAGAACCCUAACAUUAAGUGGUACAAAAAGUUUCCCCUUGACUUUGCAAAAUAUUUUUGAGAGAUGUACACAAUAUAUAAAAUAUAUUUCCCUCUGUUCUUCUCUGUACUUUUACCCUAGAGAAAUGCACCUUGAAGAAAUAAGUCGUCUUUUAGAGUAUCACUGUAACCACAGCGUAUGUCUGAGAGAGUGGAUAUCUAUUUCUUACAUAGAGUUUAUUUUCAGCAUUGAAUUGCUGAAGCAACUAGCAGUUGCACUGUGCAAUCAGCAGAGUUUCUUUCUUUGUGGUUGUCAUUGUUGUCGUUAAGGUGAGUUGAGGCAGAAAGGCUCAGUUUUCUUCCUUUAACAGAUGAUGUUCCUGAUGGGAUCAUUUACCACAAUGACACGUGAAUAAUUGCCCUUUGAAAAUUUAACUCAGAGUCUGACCGAUGUAAUUUGUGCAUGUAGGUGAAUAACUUGGAAAUUGUGACCCAACAAUCAUUACUUACCUUACCUAGUGCACAAAUCGUGGUUUCCUGCAACACAGGAGGGUUCCUACAAAAGACAAAUAUGGUGAAAUAAGUGAACUUGUUAUUCUUUGAAGGUUACCAGCCUAAAACUGGACCCCUGCAGGCUGUACUUGUAAUUGGCUUAAGUGAUGAUGUCUUCUUGGUGAUAAGAAUGAUGAGCUGAAGACAAAACUAAAACUAUUUUUUUAUUUCCCCCUCAUUUGUAGCAUAUAUUCAUUGUUAACUUGCUUCCCGUGAAUCAUAGCCUUGUUAAUUUAUUUAUUUUCAUAGCCCAAAAUCGCAAACUUCCAACACGUGACUCGGAUUUAAAAAAAAAAAAAAAAAAAAGAAAUAAAAAAAUGAAACCUUGGAGAGGUGUUUUUUCUGACCUGCUCUCAGAGGUGGAGUCGUGACCGUAGAUAUUUUUAUAUUUUUGAAGAGAUACACCCUCGUGCUGUUUGUUUGCAGCUUUUUGAAUGUAGAUUCUGCUGUUUGUCCUCUGCUCUCUAAGCGCUCCUCACACUGACCUGACUUGACCUGAUCACCAUAGCAGCGUGUGACCAACACUCACACACACACACACACACACACACACACAUACACACACAGAGUGCCUUUCCUCUCCUAUACAAGCAGACUCUUUGACUGAGGCACAGAAUGACUUCAGAGCUCUGUGCCAGACCUGUACUACCCCCACCAACCCCCUUGUCACCAUAUGGUCACUCACGCUGUCUGCUACUGGCUGAAAACCAUGUUAUGGGAGACAAGUUAUCACUACUCAAUGAAAGUUGGGAAGCGGAGGCUUGACUGUUAAUCAGUGGCUUGAAGUCAGUGGGCAAAAACACAUGAAGCACAAUUUUUAGGUAAUGAUAUUUCAUUCACUUCCCAUUAAAAACCACCAUUUUGUUUUCAAAAUGAGUUAUCCUGCCUGUAAGCCAUUUAUUUCAGUGGCAUCCCAGAUAAGCUAGGUCUCUCUCUCUCUCUCUCUCCCCCUCUCUCUGCUUGUGAGAGUGGUCUGCAGACCUCUUCUGGUCAGAAACUUCACAAAGUGCCAAUGAAAAGAACAUAAAAAAGGAAAAAGGUAUACUGACCUAAUGAAAUUGCACUACACUGCACUGCGCAAAGACGUGUUUUUAUACAUGGACAUUUUAUAUUCAUAAAUUUCAAAGUGAAAUUUCAAAGUUUUUUUUUUCUUUGAAGUGGUGGAGGGGGGGGGGGGAUGUUGUCACUGCCCUUUGGAAUAAAUGGGGUGUCAGGGAUAGGGGUUCUGUACCUCUGGGGUUCCCCAUUCUUAACAAGUGAUCUUGACAGUUAAUGUCUUGCUCUCUGUGUCAGAGUUAUUGUAGUAAACAUAGUGAUGCUGGCCGUUGUGGUUAGAAGUGUGGUACUGGGAAGUACACUGUGGUACUUAGGUAGUCACUUUGCCUUUCCUUGGAGGAGUGCCAAGGGCCAAAAGCAGCACCUGCCUUGUCUCAGUGAUGGGAAAAUAUCGGUCUCAGUCAGUGGCUAUACAUUAUCUUCAUGAUGCUUUUACAGUGUUUUAUUGCCUGGAGUGUUCUGUUUUUUCCACAAGACUCACACACUUUUUUAAUCCAUAAAGCUUAACUUUGUGCUUUUUACUUAAAGCAAAACAGUUUUCUGCUUAUUUACAUUUUACUGAGCUAAGGUAGUAGCUGUGUAGAUACUGUUAUUAGUGCUGGAUACCACUUUUAGUUUGGUCAUUGAUGGAGUGUCAAAUGCAACCCGUCAGGUCUCUCUCCAUCCUCAGCGUAAACACUGUCCACCAGCAGGAUUAGAGGCCACGUUAAGCUAACACGUGCCUACGUUUGAUGGCCACUAUUCCAUUUAUUUUGGGUUUUUUUUGGUUUUUUGCACUAAACUGGCCUGUGCCGAUCAAGGCCCAUCAAGACCUCGGCUCAGUGAUGUGGGUCGUUGCACUGUGGCCUGGAAGAACUGUGGGUACAGAGUUGCUCUAGUGCACAGAUCUUGGACAAGAGAACUUCAAUGGUAAUUGUUUGCGAAAAUAGAUCAACAGUUACAACUUUUGCCUAGAAAAUGGGAGAUGGAGAUUGAAGCUGACUGUGAACGGGUGUGCAGGGAAAUCGAGCGGAGAUUUACAGUCGAUGGGAAGCAGGCACGAGGGACGCAGUGACGAUAUUGAUGGAUUUGCAGUUUCAGGGCUUUCUUGUACAUAUGCAACAUUAAGAGAACCAUGAGGCUUUUUUUCAUAUAUUGUUGUUGUUUUCUUUGUUGUAUCUUGAUAUACGAAAAGUAAACUUUUUUACAGUAUAGUUGCUCAGAAUAUUUUCUUUCUUUUUCUUUUUCUAAAAAAAAAAAAAAAAAAAAAGUCGAUUGAGAAGCUAUAGUGAACAUAACACAUAAAGAUUCAAUGUAUAUUGUAGCUUAGAGGCAAAGGGGAGAAAAACAAAACAUGUUGAAUGUAAAACCUACAAAAGUAACGUCUUUUUUGUUGUUGUUGUUGUUGUUGAUGUUGUUCUAUUUGCUGGCUAGUUUGUACUGCCUGUUGUGAACCUGUAGUGCGUCCUGGUUCUGGCAUCCAAAUUUUUUAACACCCACAUACAGCUGUCGCCACACUGCAAAAUCAUAUCAAAUAAACCAACCAUGCAGUAUUGCUUUACUAUCUUACUUUGUGCAAUGAGACGCUUUAUAAUGGAACAAGAACUAACUUGAGCUUUUGGUGACGUCUGGGCUACUCGCUCACACUUGCUGUUCAUCUUUUGUCUUUCUCCCUGCCAAAUUGUCAUUAUUCUGAAUGUGUGUGGUUAUCAUUCUCGUAGAUGUUGUUUGUUGUUGUUGUGACGUUAAGUUGUUGUUAGGCAGGAUAACCUUCGACCUUUGGUCACAAUGAAAAUUUUGUCCUUGUGGGAAUCUUAAUCCUGCCAUGCACAUUCCAGCAGACAGCACGGCUUUUAGUGUCUUCCACUUGUUUCGUAGUAGACAUAUCCUUCCCAUUUCCUUUUCACUACAGUGAUUCUUCUCUGAUCUAAUCUAUCCAGCUUUACUGUGGUCCCACCCAAGCCUUUACCCAGUAUAUUAAGCUAAACUAAACCCUUGAAAUGUGCAUUGAAAAAGCCUUUUUUUCACAUAUGUCAAAAUUUAUGUGCUGCUUUCUUGAAUGUCAGUUUUCAUUUGUGUGUAAACCAGCAGCAGCCAAGCCAAUAGAUCUCUUUCCAAAUCAAAUGUAAUGUAAUGCAUUGCAAUGGCAGCUCCACUCAGUCUUCUGCUUCUUCUUCUUCUGAGCUCUUAUUGUUUGUCCAGGCUUUGACCCUCUGUCUGUCAGUUCUCUCAUUUGAUGACCAUUUGUUCCCUCUUGUUGUGUUUUUACUGAGCCUUACACUGGCUGGUGUGAAAACUGACUUAUGCUUUUUUUUCAUUAAUUGAUUGAUUGAUUGAUUGAUUGUCUGGUUGAGUUUGAGGUUGUUUUGCAUGUCUAGCAUCACUCUUUUUUCCCCUUUUCUUUUUUGUUAGGAGAUACAACACUGAAGGGUUUUAUGUGUAAGAUUUCCCCUUUCAGUAACUGAUAACCCAAGGCUGAUGUGGUUUGUUUUCUUCCAAAUGUAAAAAAAUGCUCAGCUCAGCCUGACACACACACACACUCACACACACACACACAACUAAAAGCAUUUUGAAGCAAACGUGAUGUCAGCCUUGGGUCUUCACUGGAAGACAAGAUUUCUCCUGUGUGUGGCCUCGGCCUCUGGCCUUCAUCAGCAGUCCCACGCACAUGGAGGAAGCACUUUCUGAGGAGUGGUGCACUCAAGGAGUAUUUGUGUGAAUGACACGCCUAUGAUUAGUGCUUGAAAAGAUGGAUGACCAUGUAUGAUGCUGAUAAUGUGAUCUAUGUGAUGUAAUGUGAUGGAAAGAAAAUAAACCUGAACGGAAGAA